CCUCUAAAUAGUUCCGCUGUGGUGUAAUUCGCGCGUGUAUUUGUAUUAUCUUUCUCGCUGAAUCGUGCUCUUGUUGUUUAAAAAAAGAUUUCGCUUCUGACAAUAUCACGGGCGUAAAAUAGCAAGUUCAUCGAUUCAUAUUAAGCGUGGCUGUCCGUUUUACCUGGACUCUGAUCGCGCCACGGAAAAUCGAGAUGGAUGGCUUGGCUUUAGCUCGAGGAUAGAGCGAUCAGAGGAUUAGUUCAGAAGGAUGCCACAGGCUGACAGAGUCUGGAGCUCUAAGAAACGGCUGGCCCCUGUGACUGGUGACGUAGCAGAUCGCUGGUUGUUUCGGAAAAGACAGAAAAGAUGCCCUUUGACCUCUUUAAGUCACUGCAGUAAGCAUAGACAACACGCCUGACGACCUCAUCUGUAGCAUCGAAGGCCUUAAAGACACUGAAAUCCGCCAAAACAAUGAAUAUUCUGUCUGCUGUAAUUGUGUUUGAGAACCUCCAUGAGGUCAAGAGGCUGUUCCACUGGGGUCCGAUCAUCGCGCUGACGGUCAUCGGCGUGUGCUCCUCCAUGGCCAUACUGGACUCCAUCAUCUGGUACUGGCCACUGGACACCACAGGAGGGAGCAUCAACUUCAUCAUGCUCAUUAACUGGACUGUCCUCAUUCUUUACAACUACUUUAAUGCCAUGUUUGUAGGCCCUGGUUACAUUCCACUGGAGUGGAAACCGGAGAAUCAACAAGAUAUUAUGUACUUACAGUUCUGUAGAUUGUGCCAAGGCUAUAAAGCACCUAGGUCACAUCACUGUCGCAAAUGUAACAGGUGUGUGAUGAAGAUGGAUCAUCAUUGUCCCUGGAUCAACAACUGCUGUGGUCACAUGAAUCAUGCGUACUUCACUAGCUUCCUCCUGCUUGCUCCACUGGGCUGCACACAUGCCGCGCUAAUAUUUAUCAUGACCAUGUACACUCAACUUUAUGAUCGGAUCUCAUUUGGCUGGAGCACAGUGAAGAUUGACAUGAACGCUGCUCGGCACAUCCACCAUCCCAUCAUGCCUUUCAGCAUUGCAGCAUUUGCAGCCACUCUCUUUGCACUGGGACUUGCACUGGGUACCACUAUUGCUGUUGGGAUGUUGUUUUUUAUUCAGAUGAAGGUGAUUCUACGAAACAAAACCUCAAUAGAAGCAUGGAUUGAGGAGAAAGCCAAAGACAGAAUCCAGUACUACCAAACAGGUGAAGACUUCAUCUUCCCCUAUGAUCUGGGCAGUCGAUGGGAGAACUUCAAGCAGGUGUUCACCUGGUCCGGGACCCCCAUAGGAGAUGGAAUCGAAUGGCCUGUUCAUGAGAAGUGUAACCAGUACACUCUAACCAUUGAGCAGCUGAAGCAAAAACAUGAUAAACGUCAGAGGAGUGUGGAGUACAGAGUGGUGGAGGACUACAAUGGCGCUUGUUGCCCUUUGGGAAAGGGACUAAACACUUUCUUCAGAACACCUUGUACAGAGGAACCCAGGAUCAAACUCACAAAGGGGGAGACCAUCUUUGCUACAAGAGGAACAAAGUGGUGGAUGUAUGGAGACAAAGUUUUGAAUGAGGAACAGGCUAAUGUUGGAGGUCGAAUUAGAGGAUGGUUUCCGCGGCGCUGUGUUGAAAAGUGUCAUUAUGACUCGGCGAAUAAUUCGGCAAGUGAAGAAAAGAAAGAGCAAUGAUACAGAACUCUAGAUAUUUCAGAGCUCGCUUUAAAAAGAGGACCUAAUAUUAGGGCCUGAACCCUGCUGAGAUGCACAUUUCUUUCUGAUACUUUUGUAAAGCUGUUCAAUGGCACCAGCGCUAAGUGUUGAAGCAAACUGAUAGUGACAGAUGCCUCAAAGUUAUUAACUUGCAUUACUUAAUAGCGUUUCAUUUCCAAAGAGCAGCUGCCAGAGAAACUGUCAGAUAAGAACGAAAAAGGGGUUUGUUAAAAUGGGAUUGGGGCAUGUGGCAGCAUAUUCUUUAAAAGGGGUUAUUAAGAUGUCUACUUGAAACUUAUUUCUUCUUCUUGCCUUUCUCUUACUCGCUUGCUCUCUCUUGUUUAUUGAUGCCCAAACUGAUUAUGCAAAGCUUUUUCCAGUUGUACCAAGGUCUUUGUCGUGCAAAUUGUCUGAAUUGUUUAUAUAAAUGAAACGACAAUUCGGUUUUAUUUUUGACGGCUUACUUUUUUGUAAAACUGAUGUCAACCUCGCUGAAGUUCUCAGAGACAAAUAAUCAGCCGUGAUCUGUAUAGUAAUUUCCUAAUUUAAUUUUCUUCGUAUUUUUUAAUGGAAAGCAACCACAAAAUUCGUUUCUACUCAACAAAGCACCUAUGUAAACAUAAUUGUUGUUGUUUUUUUUAAUUGAUGUAUUGGCAUUAAUGUUUUACAUUUUCUUGCUUGGGACAAAAAAAAAAAAAAGUACAUUCUUUGGUAUUCAUUAAAUCUUUAAAAGCUGU